CUGACAGCCUCGGAGGACAACCUCGAUAUUUCAGGCAGCUACAAUCUCGGCGCCUAUGCCUAUCUGGUGAAGCCGGUCACCUUCCCCAAGCUGCACGAGGCCGUGCUGCGGCUCAAGAGCUGCAGCUACGAGCUUUCGGUGCCCGCGAACUCGGGCGAGGCGGCGCGGUCCGCGGUCAUCGUCAUGGCGGACGACAACCCCGAGGCCUGCCUGGAGGCGACCAAGACACUGCAGGCCGCGGGCCUCGGCAAUCCGCUGACCUACGUCACGAACCGCGCUGCGCUGAUGGACCACCUCCACGGGCGGCACGUCUUCGGCGGCGACGUGCCUGCACCCGCGGCCGGAUCUGGCGCCUGGAGGAAGAGGAUGACGAGGCCCGAUAUCACCGAGAGCACCGUCCUCCUGAUGGCGGACGACGACCCCGCCGACUGCCUGCUCACCGAGAAGGCGCUGCGCAAGGCAGAGAUCACGUGUCCGCUCUAUGUCGUCCACGACGGCGCCGAGCUGAUGGACUUUCUCAAAGCGCGAGGGCGACUACGCCGAUCCGGCGGCGGCGCCCCGCCCGAGCCUGAUCCUGCUCGACCUCAACAUGCCGAGGGUCAACGGCACCGAGGUGCUGGAGCGUCUGCGUGA